AUGACCACAGAUGACGAAGGCUCAGACGAAUCAGUCAAGCAGUCUCCGAACGGCAAUCUUGAAGGCCAUGCUCCUCUCCUUUCCUCAGCUGAGGAAUCCCCUCCCUUGAACGGAGACGACUCCCCUACCUCUGUCAAUGCGGCUCGCCCUCCUCCUCAGCGACACUCCUCUUUCUACCAGCCUCGCCCCGGUGGUACUCCACGAACGACUCACCGAGUACGGUUUGAUCUCGACGAUCAUGCCGAUGGCGAUCGACGAGAGGAAUGGAUGGACGAGGAGGAUUAUCUAGACUCCCCGAGCCAACAAGCACCACUGCUGACCGACAUCACACCGCCGGCCGAUUCGCCCUUUCGAUCGGUAGCCUUUCACCCCGAGGAUUACUUGCCUGAUGCUAGGCCUAAGAGCGGGAUGCCGAGUGCUUUCAUGAACAUGGCCAAUUCGAUCAUUGGAGCGGGAAUCAUUGGUCAACCCUAUGCGUUUCGACAGGCGGGGUUGACCAUGGGACUUGUCUUGCUUGUUUCCCUCACGGUUACAGUGGAUUGGACCAUCCGGUUGAUCGUGGUCAACAGCAAACUGUCGGGCGCCGACUCAUUCCAGGCCACCGUGCAACAUUGUUUUGGGAAGAGUGGGCUUGUGGCGAUAUCAGUCGCUCAGUGGGCGUUUGCCUUUGGUGGCAUGAUUGCAUUCUGCAUCAUUGUGGGAGACACCAUUCCUCAUGUUCUUGAAGCACUAAUUCCGGGCUUGAGUGAAGUUCCUUUUCUUUGGCUUCUCACAGACAGACGGGCAGUCAUCGUGCUAUUCAUUCUCGGCAUCAGCUGGCCUUUGAGUUUGUACAGGGACAUCGCAAAGCUGUCCAAAGCCUCGACAUUGGCGUUGAUCAGUAUGGUCAUCAUCAUUGUGACAGUGGUCACUCAGGGUGCAGUCGUCGAUCCAGACCUGCGAGGAAGCCUGCGGGGUCUUCUAUUCGUCAACGACGGAUUCUUCCAGGCGGUUGGAGUCAUGUCGUUUGCCUUUGUUUGCCACCAUAAUUCCUUGCUUAUAUAUGGCUCUCUGAAAACACCUACACUGGACCGGUUCAACACAGUGACACAUUACAGCACUUUCAUCUCACUGGUUGCAUGUCUCACCAUGGCUCUUGCAGGGUUCCUCACCUUCGGAGACCGAACCAAAGGCAAUGUUCUCAACAACUUUCCUUCCCAGGGUCACUUGAUGGUUCAGCUUGCCCGACUGUGCUUCGGGCUGAAUAUGCUCACAACUUUGCCAUUGGAGUGCUUCGUCUGCCGAGAAGUGAUGAACAACUAUUGGUUCCCAGAAGAGCCUUAUCAGCCUAACCGGCAUUUGAUCUUCAGCAGUGCUCUCGUGGUCGCGGCCAUGGCCAUUAGCCUGAUGACCUGUGAUCUCGGGGCGGUUUUCGAAUUGAUAGGGGCCACCAGUGCUUGUGCCCUUGCCUACAUCCUCCCUCCGCUGUGCUACAUCAAACUCAGCACCCGGAGUUGGAAGACCAUCCCUGCAGUGGUUUGUAUUAUAUUUGGUUUUGCUGUCAUGACGGUCAGUCUGGUGCUGGCCACGAAAAAGAUGAUCAAAAAUGAGGGCGAGCCCCAUCAAUGCUAG